UUCGGGGUACCAGAUAUGGCGACAGGGGGCGGUGGGGGGGGAGGAGGCGCGAGGCAGAGAAGGAGGAAAGCAGGGCUCGCGGGAUUGUGUUGGAAAACAUGCUACUUUCCCAUCCUGUUCUGGGUCGUCUCCGUGUGCGGGGAAGAGAAGACGCUCAUCGUGGAGACGUGGCUGAAGAACUACGGCUACCUGCUGCCUCACGAUCUCCGGACCUCGGACCUGCGGCAGGAGAAAGCCAUGCAGUCCGCCGUGGCCGCCAUGCAGCGCUUCUACGGGAUUCCUGUGACGGGAGUACUGGACGAGACCACGAUAGAGUGGAUGAAGAGACCUCGCUGUGGCGUUCCAGACCAUCCUCACACCACCCGCCGGCAGAGGAAUAAACGCUACGCCCUGACGGGGCAGAAAUGGAGAGACAAAAAGAUCUCCUACAGCAUAUCAAACUUCACCCCUAAAGUGGGAGAGAAAGACACACAGAGGGCGAUCCGACAAGCCUUCAACGUCUGGCAGACGGUCACCCCGCUCUCCUUCCAGGAGGUGCCGUACUCGGAGAUCAAGAACGAGGGGAAGGAGGCGGACAUCAUGAUCUUCUUCGCCUCCGGCUUCCACGGCGACAGCUCUCCGUUUGACGGGGAGGGGGGAUUCCUCGCCCACGCCUACUUCCCCGGCGCCGGCAUCGGGGGGGACACCCACUUCGACUCCGACGAGCCCUGGACGCUGGGCAACGCCAACCACGACGGUAACGACUUGUUCCUGGUGGCGGUUCAUGAGUUGGGCCAUGCGUUGGGUCUGGAGCACUCCAACGAUCCCAGUGCCAUCAUGGCUCCGUUCUACCAGUACAUGGACACGCACAACUUCAAACUGCCUCUGGACGACCUGCAGGGCAUCCAGAAGAUCUACGGCAUCCCCACAGCCAUGCUGGAGCCCACCCGGCCGCUGCCCACCCUACCCUCCCGCCGGACGCACUCCACCUCCGAACGCAAACACGACCGCUCCCGCCCGGCGCGUCCGCCCGGCGACCGGCCCGCGCUGCCCGGGAACGGGAAACCCAACAUCUGCGACGGGAACUUCAACACCGUGGCCUUCUUCAGGAGGGAGAUGUUCGUGUUCAAGGACCGCUGGUUCUGGCGCCUGCGGAACAACAAGGUGCAGGAGGGCUACCCGAUGCAGAUCGAUCAGUUCUGGAAGGGCCUGCCGCCUCGCAUCGACGCCGCCUACGAGAGAUCAGACGGGAAGUUCGUCUUCUUCAAAGGAGAUAAGUUCUGGGUGUUUAAGGAGGUGACGGCGGAGCCCGGGUUCCCCCACAGCCUGGUGGAGCUGGGCAGCUCGCUCCCGAAGGACGGCAUUGACACGGCGCUGCGCUGGGAGCCCGUCGGGAAGACCUACUUCUUCAAAGGGGACCAGUACUGGCGCUACAACGAGGAGAAGAACACGGCCGACCCCGGGUACCCCAAACCCAUCACCGUGUGGAAGGGGGUCCCGGACGCACCGCAGGGUGCCUUCAUCAGCAGGGAGGGAUACUACACCUACUUCUACAAGGGGAAGGAGUACUGGAAGUUCGACAACCAGAAGCUGACGGUGGAGCCCGGUUACCCGAAGUCCAUCCUGCGCGACUGGAUGGGCUGCGAUCAGUCGGACAUGGAGCGCUCUGGCAGCAAGGGGAACCGCGGGGACCGCCAUCUGCCGCUCGACGACGUGGACAUCAUGGUGACCAUCAACGACGUCCCGACGACGGUCAACGCCAUCGCCGUCGUGAUCCCGUGCAUCCUGUCGCUGUGCAUCCUGGUGCUGGUGUACACGAUCUUUCAGUUUAAAAACAAAGGAGUGCAGCAGAGCACCAUGACGCAGCACUACUACAAAUACCCUGUGCAGGAGUGGGUAUGACAGGCAGCGCUCCUUUGAAGAGGUCCUGGAUUAAAGAAGACUGUCAGCCAGCUGGAUUUCGGCCAGGAAUGCUAGCAACAAAAACAAUGCAAAGUCAAUGCUGAAAGACGCUAAUUGUGCUAGCUUGUGAUGAAAAGGCGUACUGUGAAAAUGGGUGUAGGUUUAGACUUUGGAUCAGUCUUAGAGAGAAGUUCGUGCCUAUCUUGUGACACAAGUGUAAACCGGCAUGUGGUCCGAUUUUGGCUUUUUCCCGUUCCUCAGCGGGGAAGGAUAGCAAUGGCUAGGAUACGUGAGCACAAAGUCAACAAAGACUCCUGGAGGAUCUGAUUGGAUAAGGACAGUAAACACACCUCUCUCUAAGUGAAACCGGGUCUCAUCAGCCACACUGAACUCUGACUUCUCGGACCUACAACACAACUCUCCUUCUCAGAUGAAGAAAAAGAGAAAGAGGAUUCGGGGCUGAAAGAAUAUGCUCCUUAAAGCCACCUCCAAGUAUGUCCGAACAACAACUUGUACACGUGAACUACUUCAACUUAACAUCCAGAGGAAAGAAAAUACAAAAUCAAACUUGAAGAAAACCUGUAGGUAGAAAGGCCAUAUACAAACUAAACCACCAAGGAUCUCUCUCCUGAUCUUUUGAUUUAAUGUGUAUUUAUUUAUAGUAUGGCCCUGCAAGGUGUCAAAGAGGCCCUUUCUCGCUCUUGUUCUACACAAUAAAACAGCAUCUUUGUCAGCAUUAACUAAAGAAUUUGUCAACUUUAAACUCCCUGCUUUGUUUUUCCCAGCGUCGACUGAAGGAGUGUUGUUGUAAAACAGCUAGUCGUCGGCAUAGAGACAUUUUAACAGCCUUACCUCCGUCUCAGAACAUAUGUGCACCUAUUUGACAAGAUGAACGAAACCGGGGCUCGUAUUUAUCAAACUGACAAACUGACUUAAAAUAAAAAUCCUUUACAUUUUCCUUUAAUCACAAACUUCAAAAUAAAUGUCUCAGAUGUUUUUAGAGAUUUUCCAAAAUAAGAUUGGCUACGACGAUGAUUGUAACCUCAUUCUGUUUUUCUGUGAUUGGAUGUUAAUGCAGGUGUACAAACAACCACAAAAACAACAAAAUGUAUUUAUUUUAUAUUUAUUACAAUAUUGAAAGGAUUUAUACAAUUUGAUGGAGGUUUUUUCUGUAGGGCAAACCAAAAUUUAGCUAACCAAGGGUUCCCUCCACAAAAGCCAAUGGGAUUUUUCCAUUGGAUGAUUGCAGGAAACAGCGAUGCAUGCACAAAAAGGGAAGCAUUUAUCUACAGAAACACUUCUUCUAGAACAGCAGCUCUAACUUAUUGAAUUACACAAGCUGCUCAUUCACAAACAACAACAGUUAUUUAGUGUCUUGUAUCUUUAACUUACAUUUAAUUCUCUCUUCUCUUUUUGUUUUUACCAAUUAGGCCAAUUUCCUAAUAAUUGAUCCCUUUUUAUAUACUACAAACAUAUGAAAAUGCUUGUGUACAGAUUGUAAUAUAUUUGUAUUAAUUGUCAGCUGUGAUAUGAAGGAUAAACAUUAUGAAAAUCCGUCUUUUGGAUUUUAAAAUGACACAUUUUGCACUUUCGAUCAAUGCAAUUUUCUUAAUAAUGAGCAUGGCAUGUAGGAUGACACUGCUGAUUGAUAAAUGUGUCUCAAUUAAAACAACUUCUUUAAUUGA